AUGAUCGCAUUACGCUCUUUCGGACGAUGCAUUCCCCAGUGUCAUCGAAUCGUUUUCGCCGCACAGCCAGCCCGUUUCCUGUCACAGAAUGUGGAACCCAAAUUCGAAUUCGUUUUAACGGAUCUUAAAGGUUCGGGAAAAAAUGUCGGACUGAUUCAACUAAAUCGACCGAAAGCUCUAAACGCGCUUUGUGCGGGAUUGAUUCGUGACAUUUCCCUCGCGCUAGAUCAAUUUGAAGCAGACGACAAUGUCAAGGCUAUCAUUCUUACGGGAAGUGAUCGAGCAUUCGCAGGUCAGUGUGAUAAUCGUCAGUGUGUUAUUUUGUUUUUCCACAAUACUUAA